GAGAGGCCAGGCCCGCGCGCAGCCCCGGCAGCGUCAACUACUCCAACGAUUUCCAAGUAGUCGGGCGUGCAGGGGUGGGAGCUGGGUGGGGUGAGGAAGAAGAGGAGGAGGAGGGCUCCCGGACGCCUUGGACGUGGUUCAGGAAUCCGCCGCUACCGCCGCCGUGGCCGGAGCCGGGAGGGUUCGGGGCAGGACCACUCGCUCGCCCGCUUGCUGCGCGGGACGGCGCCCGCCUGGCGCCGCUUCCCGCCGGGCUUGCGGACCGGCCCUCGUUCGCAGCCCGCCGUCGCCCUCUGCGGGGAGGCGCAGGACCCCGGCGCUGCGGGCGCCGAGGCCCCUCCGGCUGCGAUCUUCCGAGAGAACGGAGAAGUUGUGAACGGAUGCUGCCCGCCCCGGACCGCAGCCGCGGAGACACCGAUCCGCCCGCGCCAGAGGCGGCGGGGCAGCCGCGGAUGAGGGUGUCCCCCACCUGAAGUCCCAGAGCUGAGCAGCUGUGGCUUACCGGGAGCUCAUGGAGACGGCCCUGGCCUUGCCCCAGGAGCGCCGGGACUUCGUGCACAGCCUGAGGAUGAGAAGCAGAUAUGCCUUGUUUCUCGCAUUUGUGGUGGUGGUGUUCGUCUUCAUCGAGAAGGAGAAUAAGAUCAUAUCCAGGGUCUCGGACAAGCUGAGGCAGAUCCCGCAGGCCCUGGCAGAGGCCAACAGCACCGACCCGGAGCUGCUCUUGGCGGAAAACGCGUCCCUCGUGUCUUUGAGCGAGCUCGAUUCUGCCUUCUCGCAGCUGCGGAGCCGCCUGCAUAACCUCAGCCUGCAACUGGGCGUGGAGCAGCCCGGGGAGGCCGAGGCGCACACUGACCAGGUGCCACUCUCGCCGGCCGGGGCGGGGCCACGGCGCCACGUGCUGCUCAUGGCCACCACGCGCACGGGCUCGUCGUUCGUGGGCGAGUUCUUCAACCAGCAGGGCAAUAUCUUCUACCUCUUCGAGCCACUGUGGCACAUCGAGCGCACGGUGGCCUUCGAGCCUGGAGGUGCCAACGCGGCGGGCUCAGCACUCGUGUACCGCGACGUGCUCCAGCAGCUGUUCCUGUGCGACCUCUACGUGCUGGAGCCCUUCAUCACGCCUCUGCCAGAGGACCACAUGACUGACUCCAUGUUCCGCCGCGGCUCCAGCCGCUCGCUGUGCGAGGAACCUGUGUGCACGCCCUUGGUCAAGAAGGCCUUUGAGAAGUACCACUGCAAGAACCGCCGCUGCGGCCCGCUUAACGUGACCCUGGCCGCCGAGGCCUGCCGCCGCAAGCAGCACAUGGCCCUCAAGGCCGUGCGCAUCCGCCAGCUCGAGUUCCUGCAGCCGCUAGCAGAAGAUCCCAGGCUGGACCUGCGCGUCAUCCAGCUGGUGCGCGACCCACGGGCUGUGAUGGCCUCGCGCAUGGUGGCCUUCGCAGGCAAGUAUGAGACUUGGAAUAAGUGGUUGGCAGCGGGCCAGGACCAGCUGCACGAGGAAGAGGUGCAGCGGCUGCGGGGCAACUGUGAGAGCAUCCGCCUGUCGGCAGAGCUGGGCCUGCAGCAGCCUGCGUGGCUGCGUGGCCGUUAUAUGCUCGUGCGCUACGAGGAUGUGGCGCGUAGCCCGCUGCAGAAAGCGCGUGAGAUGUACCGCUUCGCCGGCAUCCCCCUGACGCCACAGGUGGAGGACUGGAUCCAGAAGAACACACAGGUGGCGCACGGCAGCGGCAUCUACUCCACGCAGAGAAACUCCUCGGAGCAGUUCAACAAGUGGCGCUUCAGCAUGCCCUUCAAGCUGGCGCAGGUGGUGCAAACCGCCUGCGAACCUGCCAUGCGCCUCUUCGGCUACAAGCUGGCCCCUGACGCCGCCGCCCUCGCCAACCGCUCCAUUAGCCUGCUGGAGGACCGGGGAACCUUCUGGGUCACGUAGGGAAGGGCGGCACCUGGGGCGCCAAGGACGCCUCCUGGUGGUAAGGCCCGCCUUGCCUUUCUGCCCAUACAGACCGGGGGUGAGCCGCAGCUCUGGCUCCAGGUGUGGGAGCUGGCAGCCCCUUGCUGUAGCAGUGGCCCCCCGCAGUCAAGCUAGCUUCCCCACUGCCGCUGCAGCCCUGCGGAAGCCAGGGGACAGCGUGUGGUCCCCUAGAGGGACCACCCCCUGAACAGGCCUAGCGUCAGCCUCCCUCCCUCCCUCUCACAUAGGAACAGACUUGAGAUUCCUGUCAGUUACUGCCUGGGCUGCAGUUUAGAGUCCAGCCACUGAAGGAGCAGAAGGUGGCCUGGGCAGUGAGCGCUCACAGCCAGCCCUCCUGUGCCACUCAGGGUUCACCUUGGCAUUUCUGCACUGGGUGUAGAGAAGUCUGGGGUCUUGGCAGGCUCUUUCCCAGCCAGUGCACAAAUACUGGGAGCUUGGGAGGUGGGGGACUGUGCUGUGUGGGGGGGAAUGUCGACCUGGCCCAGAACACACAAGUGGCUGUGUAGACAUGCGUACAAAAAUGUAAUGGUGUAAGGGUACAGGUGUUCACAUGAACUGUCACGCCAGUUUGCCCACACCCUAAUUACUUUGGGAUCACUUGGCAUGGGUGGGAGUGGGGAGGGGAGAAGACUUGCUCAGGGCCACAAGGCCUGACGUGACCACCUACCCAGACCUGGGGCUGAGUGGUGGAUGCAAAGCUGCCAAACCCGCCAGCCCCUCUGGGCCUUUACAUCCUUGCAGCUGGCAGGCAGGAUGUCUCGAGAGGAUGUGCCCCAUACUCCUGUAGCUCAGCUCCACGGCCCAUCCAGCUCACUAGCUUCCAAAGAGCAUGUCCGUAUUUGGAAGCUGCCUGGGCCCCGACCAGAAGCAUCUUUGGUCCCUGGAGGCAAGAGGCCAGGCAGCCUGCAAGUCCCAUCCCUUCCAGCCAAGCCUCCUGUGGUACAGAGCCAAAAAGAAAGUUGAGAGGGUGAGGUGGCAGAGGGGGCUGGCGGGUAGUCACAUCAGUCUGCCUUCCACUCUGGGUCAGAGUUCAGCCACAGGUCACCGCAAACAUUGUUAGUGCCCAGAGGAAAUUUCUUUUAAGGCUCUGAGACGCACAUUGCUCAACUUAGAAUGGGCCGCGACGUGUUUUAUGUGGAUGUUUGAAGUUAUUUAUGGCUUGCUGGCCCUUGUAUUCUGUGGCUGGGUCUUGGGUUUGUUUCUGCAGCCCAGCCAGGGCCUGGUGGAGGCUGGGAAAAGCAGCACAGAGGAGGGAGGAGGUGGAGGGGGGGCUUCACCCCAGGAUCCGAGCCAUGGCCCCAGCAGCCCUUUCUCUCCGAGUCCAGGGCCCCUGGUGCUCUGGCUGCCUGUCUAGAAGCAGCAUACCUCCAGGGCCCCUCUGCCCUCCUUCCUGAGAAAGCCAGACAAGAUCAGCCUCACAGCGGGGCAGGGGCCUGGGGACCCUGCUGCUGCCCCCAUCCUAGGAGCGGGCACUGCAGUCUGCCUGGUGCUCCCAGGACAGGCUUCCCAGCUUUGCCCCUGGUUUCCUGGGCAGCCUUGGGGUGGCCUGCUCUCGGUGUAAUGGGGGCACUGGGGAAGUAUGGGAUCCGAGUCUAGUGUGUCUGACUGUGGGGAAGAAAGGCAUGUCCAGGCAAGAAGCCGCAGUUUGAAAAAGGCAAGGAGCGCUGCCCGAAGGGCCCCCACCCCCAGUACCAGGUGCUGGAGCCCUGCAGGAGGAACCUUAGUCUAACAGUGAAAAGCUAAGUUGUGGUGGGGAACUGGCUCUAAGCAGGGGUCUCAUUUCAGACACUGGCCAUGGGGUCAGGAUGUCUUAGGCAGGCCUAAAAGUGCAGACCCCUUUUCUCUGAACCCUCACCUGCUGCCCUCUCCUACAUGGGGGUGUUGGGCGUGGGCACGGACCCUGCAUCCCUCUACAGUUGCCACCCUUGGGACUUCUCAGGACAUUGACAAUGUGUCUGCUGCAAGUGGACUUUAUUUAUUUAUUUUGCGAAGAGACAAAAAAAUACCUUCUGAUUUGUGAGGACCCCAAACUAUACCAAGACGAAGAAUAGAAGCUGUUCCUAUAAGGACACCUGAAAGCGAUGACUGGAGUGCCAAACACGGUGUGGGGAGUUGGGAGCCCCAGCAGGUGCCUGGGAGUCUAAGGCAGGCAUAGCCUAAGCAGGCAGUAGGAUGUUGGCAUGUGCCCCCUGGGGCUCAGCCCAGCUGGCUUCACUGCAAGCCUGACCAAGGCAUGCAUUCGGGGCUCUCUGAAUGGAGCCAGAAGGGAGGAGGUGGUCCCUGCCCCCUCCCCCACCUCCAAACCAGUGCAAUGGGGCAGCUGUUAACCAAACUCCACGGAGUAGAGGGCACCCAGGGAGCCCCCUGGGACACCUGCCCCUCCCCUUACCAUCUGUGUAGCCAUGGAGGGGGCUCUGGCCAGAGAUGGUGAGACCCCCUGACCCCAGAGGACUGACAGCCUGGGUUGUAGAGAAGACCAGAGCAUAAUCUGACCCCAAAACUAGAAUUCUUUGUCAGGCCUGGGUGAUCUCCCCACCCCAGGGCCCACUGUGGUUGACCACAGGGCUUGUCCCUCAAGACCCCCUGGAGUUUGAGGACAGGAGCAGAAGCCGAGACAGCUGCGGCCCCAGCACAGCUUCCCCCCACCCUACCCCCAAGGUGAAGGACAUCUCCAAGAAAGGAGAAGAGGUACAGGUGCCUGCGGAAGCCAUGAGGUGUCCAUGAUCUACACAAAAACACCAAGAAAUGUCUGGCAAGGUCAGGUGCUCUGGGGAUGGGGAGAGGAGCAUUUACGGAGAGUCCCAGUGAGAGGUCUGGCUAGGUGGCAGGGAGAAGGUGUCCCAGAGGGCUCCUGUGUGAGCCAAAGUUUCCAAAAUAGCAGAAGCUACUCUUUACCUCAAAAGAAGCAGAAUUGGCAACUGCAUGUGCUGUAGGAGCUUCUUGAUCCUUCAGUUCUGUGACUGACUGUAUAUCGCCGGGGGGCAGGGCUGGGGUGUGAAUUCCUGUGUGUCCAAGGCAUGGCACCACCUGUGAGCCAGGCACUGCUCAUCCUUGCCCCUAACACUGGCCUGGCUUCAGGCACCCCUGACAUCUCCAGCUCAUCUCUAUACUCCAGGCCAUCUGCCUGGCCCCCUACUCCGUUCUGGGUCCUGCAGACUCUUCUUUGUCAAGGCCAGGGUUUGUGGCUACAAGCAACAGGACACCCUUUGCAUGGCACACAUGGGUGUGACAUGUACAUGUGUGUCUACACACGUGCUGGUGUAGCAUACAGCUCAUUCUGCCUGCCCUCUGGUGCUCCCCACCGCCUCCCCCUUAUUGUCCCAGAUGUCCUUGCUGUAGCCACAACCUGCCAUGUCCUGGAAAUGCUGGGGCUGCCCCUCAGAGGACUGGCGGCCCGGGGCUGCCUGAGAAAUAGAAUGUGAACCCCACGCCUAAGGGCUUACUUAUUUAAUUAAACACAGAAAGAUGCAAUAAGCA